UGACAGGCGCUGCCGGUCGUGGGGUCUCCUUGGUGCCGGCGCCGCAGCUGUCGGGCCCGUCGAGUCGGUGGUCGUCGCCGCCCCUCCCGCUGUCUCCACGCCCGCACCCGAGGCCCAACCGACGCCGCCCGGCCCGCGCCAGGCUCCCACCACCGGCUCGGCCGCCUCGCGCCAUGGAGGCCCCCGGCGGCGCCCGGCGACCGCUGCUUCUGCUGCUGCUGCUCGCAGGUCUUGCGCAUGGCGCCUCAGCGGUGUUUGUGGUGAGAAACAGCAACGGCACAGCGUGUAUCAUGGCCAACUUCUCAGCAGCCUUCUCCGUCGUCUACGAAACCAGGAGUGGUUACAAGAACGUGUCCUUUGACCUGCCGUCCACUGCAGAAGUACUGAACUCCAGCUCCUGCGGUAAAGAGAACACUUCCAGCCCCAGCCUCGUGAUUGCUUUCGGAAGAGGACGCGUCCUGGCCCUCAAUUUCACGAGGAACGCAACGCUCUACAGUGUCCCGCUCCUGAGCUUUGUGUACAACCUGUCCGACUCAGACCUGUUCCCCAACGCGAGCUCCAAGGACAUCGAGACUGUGGGCUCCACCACCGACAUCAAGGCAGACAUAGACAAGAGGUACCGGUGUGUCAGCGACAGCGAGGUCCACAUGGGCAACGUGACCGUCACCCUGCGGGACGCCACCAUCCAGGCCUACCUGUGGAACAACAGCUUCAGCCAGGCAGAGUCUCGCUGCCGGCAGGACACGCCCUCCCCGACCACAGCACCACCGGCGCCGCCCGUGCCGCCCAGCCCCUCACCGCCGCCCAAGCCCGAGAGCCCCUCUGUAUCCAGGUACAACGUGAGUGACGGCAACGCGACUUGCCUGCUGGCCAGCAUGGGGCUGCAGCUGAACCUCUCCUACGUGCACAGAGACAACGCGACCGUGACCAGAGUGUUCAACAUCAACCCGAACAAGACCAAGCACAGCGGGCACUGCGGCGCCCAGCAGGUGACCCUGGAGCUGCAGAGUGAGAGGAGCACCGUGCUGGUCUUCCAGUUCGGGAUGAAUGCCAGUUCUGGCCAGUACUUCCUGGAAGGAGUCCUUCUGAACACAACCCUUCCUGAUGCCAGAGAGCCCGCCUUCUCGGCCACCAACAGCUCGCUGAGGGCGCUGCAGGCCACGCUGGGCAACUCCUACAAGUGCAACUCCGAGGAGCAUGUCCGCGUCACGCCCGCCUUCUCCCUCAGCAUCUUCAAGGUGUGGGUCCAGGCUUUCCAGGUCAAAGGUGACAAGUUCGGGUCCGUGGAGGAGUGCCUGCUGGACCAGGACAGCAUGCUGAUCCCCAUCGCCGUGGGCGGCGCCCUGGCCGGCCUGGUGCUCAUCGUGCUCAUCGCCUACCUCAUCGGCAGGAAGCGCAGCCACGCCGGCUACCAGACCAUCUAGCCGGCGCCGCCCGCCCCGCGGCCCCUCCCCCUGAGCCCGGGCGGGCGUGCAGGGGAGCGCGCUUCCCAGCCAGCUGUCCACCUCUGCUUUGUCGGGUGAGGCCCGCCCUGCGGCUCGCUGCACGGAGGCGCGGCUGUGGAGAGGAGCUGUGCAUUUUGCUAACUGGGUUAAAUAUUUUGCUAACUGGUUAAACGUUCCUAUUUACCAAAGUAGAGCUCUGCGGGAGGCAGGGGCGCUUUCCUGAUGGCCACGGGCUCCACUCAUUCGGCUUCUUAAGAUUCUGGUGUUGGUUUCCUCAUUCCUUACUCAGACGAAAGCCUUGUAAAGGGAAACAAGCUCUGGUCCACACGGGGCCGGAGGGGCCCUGCCGCCCGAGAGCCGGCGCCUCCUAACGCAAGAGCGGGCGGUCUUUCAUUGACUUUCUUGUAAAGUGGUUUCCAGCCCUGGCUUGGUGUUGGGGUGACCCUGUUCUGUGCUGUGUGUGACACCAGGCCCACUGCUGAUUGUGCUGGGGACCGGCCCGCGUGCAGCGGCUGCCUGUAACAGUGCUAAUAAAAAGGCCCUCUUUGUGAGGA